AUGGAAAAUCAGACUAAUGUAAAGGAGUUUAUUAUUCUUGGUUUCUCAAACAUAUGGGAGUACCAAAACCUCCUGUUUGUGUUUUUCUCGAUAUUGUAUAUCAUCACUGUCACUGUAAAUAUAUCCCUCAUCACCAUAAUUCGAAGUGUACGUCAGCUCCAUAAACCUAUGUAUUUCUUUCUUGGUAACUUAUCUUUCCUUGAAUUGGGAUAUAUAUCUGUGACUGUCCCAAAAAUUAUUAUAGACAUUCCAAGGAAAAGAAAAAGCAUUUCCUUUAAUGGGUGCAUCACCCAGCUCUUCUUCUUCACUUUUCUUGGUGCCACUGAGACCAUUCUUCUCUCAGUUAUGUCAUUUGAUCGGUUUCUGGCAGUGUGUUUCCCUCUACGCUAUACAAGCAUAAUGAGUCACAAGGUCUGUUUCAAUCUGACAGCUGCCUCCUGGGUGCUUGGUUUCUUGACCACAUCAUUUCCAAUUAUCCGGAUAUCACAGCUACAUUUUUGCAGUGCAAAUGUAAUUAACCAUUUCUUUUGUGAGUCAGCUCCCAUGCUCAAACUGUCCUGUUCUAACCCUUAUUUCAGAGAACUCACUGUUAUUGUCUGUGCAUCUUCAGUCAUCCUCAGCUCAGUUAUUUUAACUAUGAUGUCUUAUGGAUAUAUAUUAAAAGCUAUACUAAGAAUCCAAUCCACCAAUGGAAAACAAAAAGCUGCAUCUACCUGUGCUUCACACUUAUUGGUGGUAACGACUUUCUACUCAACAUUGUUUGCAAUGUACAUUAAGCCUACUGCAAGUGAAGGCUCCCUAAACAAAGUGAUGGCAUUAUUCUAUGCGGUCUUCACUCCCCUUGUCAAUCCCUUUAUUUACAGCAUACGUAACAGGGAAGUUAAAGAAGCCUUUUUGCGCCUCACAAAAAGAAAGUGGUUCUGA